GGAAAAACCCCUAAACUAUUCGUUACUAUGAAGGGAGCGUGUGGGAAUUUAGGAAGUGGAGGAGGGCACAACAUAAAAUAUGAAAAGUUCAUCCAAAGUGAAGUUUGAAGGGAACAAUAAAUUUUGCUAAUUCCCAAUUGAAGCAAACCUUAACCAAAUAAACUGAAAAUGGCGCUACAAAUACUCCAUCAUUCUCCCUCUUCUUUCACCAAAAAACCCUAUCAUCUUCCCAACCCAUCUCUCCAUUUCUCUUCUAAACCUAAAUUCAUCAUCAAAUCUCAGAACCCGUCUGAAUCUGAGAAACCCAUUUCCAAAAUUGUUGAUGAUGCUCCAAUUGCGACUUCCUCCAAGCCAUCUACCUCAUCGCCUCAAGGUUUCGGCUCUUCAUCGCCUCAAUCGACGUCCACGAGCAAAUCAACUCCAAAGUCUGUGAAGCAGAAGGGUAAGCGUCAAAGGGCAUCCAUUAUUCGGCGCUCUCCUGUGGAGAAACCGGUGUUUGUUGGAGAAGUUGAUGAACAGGUUGCUAAGGAACAGAGCAGGAACGAGAGCUAUUUUCUUCUUACUUGGUUGGGUCUUGGUGUUGUGAUUCUCGUCGAGGGGAUUGUGCUUGCAGCAUCUGGUUUCUUACCAGAAGAGUGGGACAGGCUCUUCGUCAAAUAUUUGUAUCCUUCCUUCACACCAACCGUCUCUCUGUUUGUUGCUGGAACUGUUGCAUACGGAGUUUUGAAGUAUCUUCAGAAUGAGAAAAUAAAAGAUGAAAAAUCAUAAUUUGAUCCUUUUUGCGAUGCUUUGUAUUUGGUGUGUAGACCUGAAAAAUCCCAAGUGCCUAUAGAUCUUGUUUAUAUAAAGUGUCUCAUUUUCUGAGAAACUGAGAUGAAAAUCUUUUGAGCUCAAAAGCAAAUAAGAUGCUGUUGUUGAAUCCUAGGAAA